AUGUCUUGUUUAUUAUUACUGUCAAAUAGAUCUUAUUUAAAAUUUCCUCUAUAUACAAUCUAUCGUCAUUUAUCAACAAUCGAACGUUCUAAUGCUGAUCAAUCAACAAUAAUACCACCAAGUUGUCAUACGUAUCUCGGAUGUAAUGCAAUACAACGAAAUGAAUCGAUGUUUUUAAAAUAUAAUUAUCAACAAAAACGUUCUAUAACAUUACAUGUACCACCAGUUGAUGAUAAAUCAGCAUCACCAAAAAAAUAUGAUGCAAGAAUACCAUUUCAAUUUCCACCAGGAAAUCCAAAUGAUAAACCAAAACUUGAACAUCUACGUUUCAUUGAAGAUCAACUUAAACAAAUUCUACCUGAUUUUUGUAAACGAAUGCAUCCAUAUGCUUUAUAUACAGCUGAUAUUAUUUUUGAAAAUUAUUAUGACAAUCCACCCAAAAUUAUGAAAGGAGCAGGCAAUUAUGCUCUAGCACUUUUCUGGCUUCGAAUAAAACUAAAUUUUAAACUAAUGAAUGUAAAAGUUCAUUUACUUAAAACAACAGUUGAUGAAGAAUCAAAUUGUGUUAAAAUACGUUGGCGUAUAACAGGAUUAUCAAAUCAAUCAUUUGUUGGUGUUCUUAAAGGUUGGAGAAAACCAAAAGAUGUUGCAGGAAAUAUUCGGAAUUAUAUUGAGCAUAUCGAUGGCUUUUCAAUAUUUUAUGUACGAGGUGAUGGUCGCAUUUAUAAACAUCGUGUUGAUCGAGUUAUGGUUGAUGAAGAUAAAGAAUUAGCAGCAACAACAUUAACUAAAAAGAAGCUAACUGAAGCAGCUGCACCUGUUUCUUCAUAA